AUGGAAGAAGAGUUUGCGACUAUUGUGUACGUGGAAUUAGCCCCGGGUAUUUUAGUGCCCUACGAAUGGCCUAUUCGGGGCCUGGAGAAUCUCGUGUUGACAUUAGCGAAAGAAAUCAUCGCAAAGGAUGACUCUGUAAGAUUUAUUCUACAAGUGAAAAACAUACCAGCGAAAUUAGUCCGACACAUUGACAGGAGUGGUUUUACUUACAUUUUUGAAAAAGUGCCCGCAGAAGAAACGAUUGACUCUUAUGUUUAUGACAUAGUGUUGCCUAAGGAAGAAGACAGUAUUCAAGUGGAAAUGUUCGGCGGAAGUAGCUCCGAUAAAGGAUCAUGGCCAAAUUACGCUACGAGCGUCGAUCCGAGAUCUAAUAAGACAUCCUAUUACUUAACGCCUCCACAACUUCAUGGGGAAACGUUACGCAGUAUGGAUACUAACACGCACGCAUUGCGUCGACGUUUGACACGAAACAUUCAGCAGAUGACUCAACGAAACAAUGAAUACGAUUGCUGUUGUGACCAGUUUGAAUAGUGGCCCUGAUACUUCACAACUACGCGAAACAAUUAUGUAAGUUAACCAGGAUGGAGAAUCUGUUACGGGGAUUUCAGUAUUUCUUCGUAAUGGUCACCUUUGAACAUCUUUACUUCUAUGUUACUAAUUUCGGAGGUUUCCAUCCACGUUUCUACGGAAUUAUUCUAAUAUUUGUUCCCGUCAGCAGCAUCGUUACUUACAUGUGUGCGUCAAAGUUUUUUAUAUUUUUUAUAUGAUCAUGUUUUUUUUGUUAUAGACAAAAGUGAGGUUCCAUUGCAUCCUACUUUUGGCAGUCAUCAUGACAUCUAUUACUCUCAACUUGAUGUUGUCGAUCACAAACUAAAAUUAUUUUUAACAAAUAGGCUGUAAUAAUUUUUGUAGAUCUCUGUUGAAUGUUACAAGUUAUAACGUACUAAUAAUAUUAAACUUGAUAAAUAAAACGUAUUUAUGUGUAUUUACAAUAUUUGGGUUUCAUUUUGUAGUUUAGGAAUCAGUCAUACAAACUGUUGAUCAACAUCAUAUGUUUACUGUUGCGUGAUGUCAUUACUACUCAUUUGAUUGAAAUGUUUGAUAAUAGCUCUCGAGUAUUUGGCUCAGUUUCAACAACGUACUAUCGAAUAUGUUACAACGUAAUAGCCCAGUUUUUAAAGUAAAUAUUUGAAGUCUAUCUAUAUUCAUUAACCGAGAGUCCAUGAAAAAUAAUCUUACCCGUAGAGGACUUUUUGAAAAACCCACGCAUUGAGCUAGAAUUUCAGCCACGCACAACAACGCGUCAUCUCUGAAAAAAAACUCUUUUCUCUACUACUUGGGAUCCAGGCUAAAGUUCUCCAGUCAUCAAUAAAUCCUGCUCAAUCAUGGGCAUCAAUUGCACUGGAUCAAAAUCGCAAAUUGUGUGCAAAAAGUUUCUUUCACCUUAUUUACUAAGUCUUCUAAAGCUGGAAAUAUUCUAGAUAAACAAAGUGUUUUGCAGCAAGGCCACACUGAUCUGUCUGUCGCACAAAAACUAUGAAUAAUAUCUUUAUAAUCCUUUUACGACGCUUCAGCAUCAUGUAGUCUUGAUAGUUUAUUAUUGUAAGCUAUGAAACAAUAACAAAUCAUACGCUAUUCAGUCAAACACGAUUUCAGACUUCAGGUAAUGUUACCCUCGCCUUCGGCUCAGCCAUUCAGCAUCCCCGCCUGAAAUCGUCUUACUUUAUCCCUUGCCACGUAGUAUACUAUUAACGCUUGGUAAUUUUCUUUUUUUAAGUGAAUUCUCAAUUUCUACGACCGCCGUAUCAUUUAAUUUAAAAUCAAAAUAAGUUUCAAGUAUCAAGAACAUUGGCUGUACUAUAAUUAUAUUAGUAACAUCAUAAAAAAGUAAUUAAAUUUCGGAUAUUUAUACCGCUGGUGCUUGAUGCAUCGUGGAUAGUGUGAAAUUGCGCGGAAUCGUGUAAACAGCAUUUUGUAUCUGGUGAUUACUGCAAAUAAUGUAAGUUGUAUUUUUUAAGUUACUAUACUAAAUUCGUGGUUCAAUAUUUAAAUUAUGUUCGCUAAAAGCAUCAGGAUGGAAGUACCGUUUGUGACCACUGUCCUAUUUUUGGACAUUUAAUGCUUUGUUUUCGUCAAUGGAAAAGUACAUCACAAAAUUUCCAUUGUAACAGUGUGAUAAAAGUAUCGUUUUGCACAUUUUCGAAAUUGAUUAUGUCACGUUGUCUUUACAAAUUAUGUUACUUAAAAUAUUUAACCCUCCAAAGCAGUCCCUAAAGUAGUCAAAAUUGGUAACUCUACCCUAUCUCAAGAAAACUGCUUGACGGGAAUUCUUCAGUUAGGUUCUUACGAAAGAUUUGGACAGGACUUGCAGAAGACAUGAUCUAUAAGUAUUCUUUACAAUGAUGUCAUUAAACAUUACUAAAAAUUAUUUUUUAAAGACUUCUGGAAAUCUGUACAUGCUACCUGCAGGAAUCUUUAAGUUAGUAACGAUAAUCAUGUUAGAUGAGUGUUGCUGCGGAAAUUUUUGAGCCGUAAGAUUAUUUUUUCCAUGAAUCACUCCGUUUAAUCGCAGUAUUGAUGACCCAAAGAGAAAGGGUUGCAAUCAGCAGAUAUUUUGAACAUUUCUGCAUCACGUUUGACCUCAUGUGUCUUGCUUAAGUUUCUUGGCCAAAUAUUACAACAGAAUGAGUUUAGAUAUCGAAUGAAAUAAUUUUGCCCCAGAUUUUCCUAAGACUGAAAAAGCAGGCUUGUGUAAAACUUAAACUACAGAACUCUAUUAAACUACGCUAAGAAUGAUAUGGGUUAUUGCCAAGGGCAACAAAGAAGAUGACAGAAUGUUGUGCAAUCUCUAAUUGAGAUGUCAUAUUUCUUUAUUAGGGAUAUUAAAUACAGAUACUGGAUCAUUAUGUGGGAAAUUUAAUUUUAUUCAGCAUAAUAUUAAUGAAUUUAUUAAUUGUUGUAGAUUUGAAAUAUGAAUUUUCUGAAUUUCAAACGUGCCGAAAUGCAAAAGAGAACCAAAAUGAUAGAGGACGUUGUGGCCUCUAACAGUGUAGAGAAUGAGAAGGGUACUAAGGAAAAAGCCCUUGAAAAACCGAGCCAGUCGGUGUGGAAGAAGAUAUUUCAACCAAAA